AUGAAUAAGGGAUACAAUGGAUUUGUAUUUACAACAGAGAAUGACACACUUCCUCGUAAGGAAAAACGGACUUCUGCCAAGACCGCUGCAGCCCCAAAGGGGGUAAGUAAAGCCAAGUCCAAACAGAUUGGAUUUACAUUUACAUUCAAUGACGAAGAGCCAGCGCUAAAUAAGAAGAAUAUUUCUUCCUCUGCUCCAAGAAGCACAGAAGCCAAAAGAAAAAUAUUAAAAGACGCACCCAAAAUAAAACCAGGCCAAAAGAAAUUUAUAUUCGCAUUUGAGGUAGAUAAACCCGAGAAAGAGAGAACAGCCGCCCCUUCUGUAGAUUCUAGUACAUCGGUUCCAGUAAAACCUAAACCCAAAAGAGGCAAAACGCCUGCUACCAAGUCUAGUGGUGUUGAAUCGCAUGAGGCUGGGCCUAUCGUAGAAGCCACUUCUGAAGAUGCACUCCCUGCUGAGAAACCUCUUGUAAAUAUCUCGGCUGCAUCUUCUGGAGGAAGAAAAGGCAGAAGUUCUGCUGCUAAAGGAAGAGCAGGAAAGAGUAGAAAUACUGCUGCGCCAGUAGAAAUAAGCCCGCUACAAAGUAUUUCCAGCCAGGACAAGGAUGUAUUAGAUCUGCGAGAGAAAGAGCCACCUGUGGACAUGCCAGAAAAUGUAUCAGAGAAAUCUGCUUCUAUAGGCCAGCCAGGCACAGAGCACAGUCCUGCAGAAAAAAGAACCGUGGCUGGUCUUAAUGAAAUGAAUAUUACACCUUCUGUCAUUAGAUCUAUAGAUAUAGACACUGCAGCAAAUAUGCAGAACACGCCAGUGCAUAAAUCUGUGCUAGAUACCCAUAAAAGAGCGCUCUACACACCACACAAUAUGGCCAUUAAUUCUGGGCAUUCUUCUAAAGAGACAGUGCUCUCUGCUCGCACAGAGCCGUUAAGCGAGGGUGUGCACAAUUUGAGUGAGCACUCUUCUGGUGUAAUUAGAAAAAGAAUGAGUAUAUGCCCUGGUGAUUUUAUGUCUCCUGUUAAGAUACGAAGACUUUCUCUGGAUGUCUUUGAUAAGAAGAAGUGCUCUGUGUUCCAAACCCGUAGGGAAAGUUUGUUUGGAUACGACCAGAUAUACGGAGGAGGGGUAUCACCAGAUGACUUCUACAGGCACUCAAAUGCAUCACAGCCUGCAAAGACUAGAAUAAAGCAGAUACUUCUAUGGAUUGCCAAGUACAUCUCAAAUGGGCAUGUAAAAAUAGACGGCCUUUCAGAAGAGAAUACACAGAAAAUAUGCACAAUGUAUAUGCGGAAAAUAAAUGAGCUGGUACUGCUGCCGGAGCACAAGAAGCCAAAGGAAGACUCCCACAUAGUUGAGAAUGCCAAGAAUAUGGUGGUCUCCCUGCAAGAAGCCACUGCUAGGCACAGCAGUGAAAUACAGAAGUGGCAGGAGGCAUACCAUGCUGUUCGAAACUCUUAUACGCUAAGUAUCCCUCUUUUGUUCUCUGAGGAAAAUACUCGCCGUAUGUCUUUACACAGACAGAGUUUUAAUGGUCUUGUGUCAUUUGAUGCUACCUUUAUCGAUAAUACACCCUCUGAUAUAAAGCGCAUUAUCUCAAGAAAUCUAGAGGUCAUGCACAGCUCUUUGAACUCCACUAGGUAUUUUAUGUUUCUUUCUCUGGAGUAUGCAAAGAAAGUGUCCGGCUCCCUGCUUGAGGCCUCCCACCCGCUUGAUAAGCCUCGAACAAAUGCGCUCUUGCAUGUGCUUUGCAGAAUAUCCCGCAAGUCAUAA